AUGACAGCUACAGAUUGGCCAGGAUCCUUACUAUCAGAACGACAGUCUGGGCUGUACCGGAUGCAACGUGCUCUUGGUGUCAAGACCAGUGGUCGUGACCAGCGCACUCUCAAUCGUAAGAACACCGGCAUCAUCAGCUGCACGAUUCUAAUCUAUACAGUACGGCCCAAAUUGGAUCCGACCCGCCCGGUACCAUUCGUCUCCGAGAAGGACGUCAUCUUGGUUGCAGUAGACAUCCACGUUCAAGGACCCCACGAUACGCCAUCGUACAUCGAGGUUGGGCUGUCAGCCCUCGACACGAGAGACUUAGCUGGGACUGUGCCUGGGUACGAUGCUGCCAACUUCGCUGCCCGCAUUACAUCUGCCACCUAUGUUGGGCACGACACUGCGAUUAGCUUUCGUCCCAGUCUCGAAGGCGACUCGAGGCUCCCCGUUUGGAUCUCGGGAUGUCUGAGGAAAGAGGUCGCACACUGGCUUCACAGAACUUGUCAUCGCAUCGACGCUUCCGAGAUCAAGAUCCCACCCAGUGAUUUCGCUGCAAACAUUGUGCUGGCGACUCACGAGAAGCAAGAACAACUGGGGAAGCUCAGCCUCUUUGGGUGCGAUCUCGAGCAGCAGUAA